AUGGAAUCCAGCUCCUCACCACUCAGACUCGCAUCCCCCAGCCGGCCGCCCUCCUGCUCGACGCUCCUCUCUCCCUCCCGCUCGACGCUCCUCUCGCCCUCCUGCUCGACGCUCCUCUAUCCCUCCUGCUCGACGCUCCUCUCGCCCUCGCGCCCGCGUAGAAUCCCAUUCUCCCGCGCCCGCGCACAGGGCGCGCUCUCUGCAUGCCAGGCGCUCCUGCCCGACCUCCGUGCGGGCGCGUUCCUGCGCCAGCUGCACGCUGUACAGAACGACUGGUUCGCGCUGUCUGCGCAGGCGCGCGCCGCGCUCUUCAGCUGGCAAGAGGCAAUCACGGUGUCCCCCAAGGGCCUGCUCGACGCCGCGGCCAUACGGGAGACGGCAGGCAGUGGUGGUGGAUUGGCUGGUUCGCGACGGGACGAGGGUCAAGGCCUAUAUUUGGGUGCACAUGUGCGGGAGAGGACCACACGGGUCGCGCAGGAGCCGCUUGAGGAGAUCCUGCGUCUCCUCCUCGAGGAGCGGCUAAUAUGCGCGGAUGCUGUUCACGGAGAGCACCUGCUGCAUGAGCCUGCGCUGGCGGCGGGAUUUGUCUCCGUAGUGGGUAAUGGCGACCUAGCUAUAUAA